AGGCGAGCCGCCAGGGUGACGGCUAGUUCUCAGUUUGGGGAAGUUUCAGAUGCUGUGAGCCCCGCUCGACCCGGCAACAAUGCAGGUUCUCCUCGGCUUCCUUCUGGCCCUCCUGCUGAGUGGCCUCCUGCUCCGCUCCUGGUUCCCGUACCUGGGGCACGAUUUGAGAAACUUCUACCGAGCGGUCACACUGGCCAUACGGGUGAUGAUUUACAAGAGGAAGCAGCCCCCGGUCACAUUGCUGGAUGUGUUCCUCCAGAGAGUGAGACAAUCCCCAAACAAAACGUUUGUGCAGUUUGAGGGCCGGACUCUCAGUUACUCGGAGCUGGACAGGCAGAGCAACCAAGUGGCGAGAAUCGUGCAGCGCCGGGCUGGGCUCCAGCGCGGUCACUGUGUAGCGAUCCUCCUCAGCAACACUCCGCUGUUUGUCUCCGUCUGGUUGGCUCUCGCUAAACUCGGCUGCCCUGUGGCUUUCCUCAACUUCAACAUCAAGGGCAAAUCCCUGCUUCAUUGUUUCAAGUGCUGUGCCUCCCAAGUGCUCAUCGUCGGUGGAGACCUGAGGUGUUCAGUGGAGGAUGUACUGCCCAGUUUAAGAGAGAACAAUGUCACUGUUUUAAUUUUGGAUGACGAAUGUACCAUAGAAAGCAUUGGGAAUGAUGAAAUUCAAGCUGCAUCUGACCAGCCACUGCCUUUGUCCCUCCGAUCACACGUUACCUUCAAAAGCCCCUUUAUUUAUAUCUAUACCUCCGGAACAACAGGUUUGCCCAAAGCUGCCAUCAUCACUCACUCUCGAGCACAUCUUUUUGCUUCGUUCAUUGCAACUUGUGGUAUCUACAGUAAUGAUGUGAUUUAUACCACUCUACCUCUUUAUCACAGUGCUGGUUCCAUGGUUGGAAUCUGUGGCUGCAUUUAUGCAGGGGCAACUGUUGUCUUACGUCGUAAGUUUUCUGUAAGCCAGUUCUGGGAUGACUGCAGGCAGUAUGAUGUCACUGUUAUCCAGUACAUUGGGGAGGUGUUACGCUACCUCUGUAAUGUUCCAAAGAAAAGCGAUGAAAGAGAUCACAAGGUGAGGCUGGCUUUGGGGAAUGGUGCAAGGCCAGAUGUCUGGAAGGAGUUUUUAAAUCGAUUUGGAAACAUCCAAGUUUGUGAGUUUUAUGGUGCCACUGAAGGAAAUGUUGGCUUCUUUAAUAACGUGGGCAAAAUCGGUGCAUCAGGGCGGACCAGCGUUUUCACCAGGAUGUUCAUGCCAUUUCACCUGGUUAAAUAUGAUGUUGACCGGGAAGCACCUGUACGAGAUGCCAAUGGUCACUGCAUUGAGGUUGCUAAAGGAGAGACUGGACUUCUUAUUGCGAAAAUUACACCCAAAGCCCCAUUCAUUGGGUAUGCAGGGAAUAGUGUCCUAACCAAUCAGAAGCAUCUGAGAGAUGUGUUCUGCAAAGGAGACCUGUACUUCAACAGUGGAGACCUCAUGAUGCUUGACAAUGACAAUUUCAUCUACUUCAAAGACAGAAUUGGAGAUACAUUCAGAUGGAAAGGGGAAAAUGUAUCCACUACUGAAGUGGCUGAUAUUCUGUCGUUGCUGGAUUUUGUUCAGGACGUCUGUGUAUAUGGAGUAACUGUUCCAGGCCAUGAAGGUAGAAUAGGAAUGGCUGCCAUUCAACUGCAGAGUGGAAGGAAGUUGGAGAGGUCACAGCUGUAUGAAUAUCUGAGAACUCACCUCCCCAGUUACGCAUGGCCCCGCUUUGUCAGGGUACAGAAGCAGAUUGAAACCACAGGAACCUUUAAAUAUUAUAAAGUCACAUUGAUGAAGGAGGGUUUCAAUCCAAUGACUAUCCAAGAGCCACUCUACUUCCUCGAUGACCAGAAAAGAACCUAUGUCCCAAUGGACGAGCAACUCUACGACAGUAUCAUCGGUGGUCAAGUGAAACUGUGAUGUGAUGACCCUGUCCUGCUCAAAGUGCCUUGAUUGGCUGUUGUAGAAUUGAGAAUUUUGGACAGAUUGUGUUUUCAUUCUAAUGUUGUGUUUCUUGGUACAGUGAGAGUGGGUGUAGUGGU